UCUAAAGUUCGAAUAUCAAGAAAACAUCAAGCCUUCUCUUUCUUCGUCUUGAUCUUGACGACCUCGGCUUGACGGAAAGAUUUCUAUCUGUCAUCUUCAACGUCCCACAGAAAGGUCCUGUCGCUAAUCUGGGCAUGUGUCACUUUCUUUAACCUUGCUUCUCGAAUGACACGACCGAUCACUUUCUAGUUAGCACAACCGACUGCUGCCACCAGAUCGCCUGCGCGCACUUCUUCCUCAACCUCCUCUACUUUGUACGACAGUUCCUACCGCUCACACCUAUACGUGUCUCUUGCGCACCAUAUUUGAGACCGCGCCUUACCAUGCAGACACUUGCAAUUGCUCUCCUCCUCGGUUUGUCAGAAGCACACUCUGGCUGAAGGGUUCGGGAAAAUCAGGUGGCAUGCUGUUUCGUGCCUUUGCGCUUGAUAGCGUGUUUUGAUACUGUGUACUGCCCAGCAUGUCCCUCACUGCUCUACAGCGCCAGAGGGGCGCAUCACAGCCAGGAGAUAUGCUGGUGGUGAUACACGACUUUGAUGCUCGAAGCUCAGAUGAACUCACCCUGCGAAAGACGGAUCGAAUUGAAUUGCUUGAGCUAGAUGAAGGAUUUGGUGAUGGCUGGUUCCUCGGAAAACAUUUGGCACAUGGGACCACAGGACUUUUCCCUGGGGUAUAUACUACGAAAGUCCCCAGCGGUUUUACCGCAAUGGGCGUUCCAAGCAUAGCAAACCCACAGUCUGGUCCAGAAAAUCGUUCAGAUGUCCAGCCUAGCCAGCCUGCACCGACUUUGCCAAACAGCGAUGCUACGGCACACCGUAUGGUCACUUCGAAUCAAUCGGCAAACCCGCAUUCAAUUGUGGCAGUCCCACCGUCCCCAACUUCCUAUAUACCGGGCGUGCAGCGCAGCAUUGGCCAAGCACUUGAUGGCACAACAAGCGGACAAGAGAGUCCUGUCAUGAACGAGACGUUGAGUGUCAUACAAGAACACAUUACCGAUUUGAGUACCCCUCGGCAGAGUCUGGCACCGCCUCGACCAAUAGCCGAGGACUCAGACAGUGAAUAUAGUGCCCACCUGGACCGGGCUUCCUAUGUGGCAGGCGCAGAGACCGAUAGCGAGGAUAAUCCCCGCUUGACAGAGGCAGAAGUCCAAAGAUGGGAUGCUCAAGAAACGGCCGAGUAUCUGAGAAGCAUCGGUGUGGAUUCAAAACAUUGCGACAUCUUCGAGGAGCAAGAUAUCACUGGGGACGUACUAAUGGAGAUGGAUCAGUCCUUCAUCCAUAUGAAGGAGUACGACUUUGGUCUCAUGGGACGCCGUCUGAAGACGUGGCACAAGAUUCGAGACUUUCAGUUGCAGGUGCGUAGCGCCAAAGAAUCGCGUAGGAGCAGUCUCCGGCAAAACAGCUCGACAGAAGAUGUCGCCAGGAUACAUUCCCGCGGCAUGUCCGGAAACACCAUCUUACCCCGGAUUCCAAGUCUCAUGGAGGAGCCGGGGCUUUCCAUUCGCCAGUCCCAGCAUACCCACCCAUACAUCCAUAUAGGCAGUGCUUCGCCACCUCCCGAUCCUUCAAUGUCCCCUACAGGCUUCACGCGGCCACAGCUGGGAACAAGCACUCCUCCCUCGCCUUGGAGGGCGUCUAUGGCAGCCGAGAGCCCCAGUCGACCCUCUGCUGCCUCUAUCCGCGAAUUGAGCCAUUCCCGGCGGCAUUCAUCCAUCGACUUCGCAAAACAGGGCUCUCAAGACGUUGCCCCGGCGCCCACUAAAGCACCUGUGAUUGCUCCGCAUAAGAAAAAGGCGUCUUUAGACAGAGGCUGGUCGAUGAGCAACGCAACGACAGCAAAUGCUGACUCAAGUACGCCUUCGCUUGGGCUGAAUGCCAAUAGACAGCCGGAGAAUUUGAGCCUCGCAACACCACCAUUCAUCGACGAUAGCUCUGCGGUCGACAUCGACCGUGGAUAUUUCAGCGGAAAUGAGGUAGAUAACAGGAAAACUAGAAAUGUCCUCAGGAAAAGAGAUGGUAUAGACAGUCUGGGACAUUCGCGCCAAUCUAGCGCAUUGGAUGAGUCGAGCAAAGCAGACAUCAAACGUCACUCCCGACUCAGCAGCCUUGACUCAUCCAGAGGCCCAGGACCAAAUUCUUCAGCGGCAAAGGCUUACCACAGCAGUUCAUACAAGGCACGAUUCCGUUCUGCCAGCGCACGGAAUCUCACAGCUCAACGCUCACCCUCAAUUAUUCAGUCGCCCACAGUAACAAACCUCGAAGAUGAUAGUAUCUCAUCUCUGUCAUCUCCUAAGGGUUCCGGUAACCCGACGUCACCAGCUGCACCUUCUUCCGCGCCGUGGGUGUCAAGUCAAAAAGCCCGGAAACUAUUAGGUCUGCGCACAGCAUCGGAGGCAGUUACUGGGAGUGAAAAGGAGGCUGCAAAUCCAUCUAUUAUCACAUCCGAGUCUGUCAAAGAGAGCCCUGUGGCAUCGCCCUCCGGCUCUCAAACCCCGUCAGCAAAAUCACACAGUUUCGAGAUGGACAACACGGACACUUCGUCUAAAGGCACAACUGAGCAACUCGGACCACUUCUCCACACCAAGGCUCCGGUGCGAACAGUUCCGAAGACAAAAAGACAGACCAGUGCAUACACACGGGGCCUGCUCAAGAUCUCUCCUGCGGAAGCGCGCCAACAUUGCGACUAUCAUGGAUGGAUGAGGAAGAAAUCCACCGGCCUAAUUGCACAAUGGAAGCCACGACUAUUCAUCCUUCGAGGGCGCAGAUUGUCGUAUUAUUACUCCGAAACCGACACAGCGGAAAAGGGGAUCAUUGACAUAUCAGGGCAUAAAGUACUCGUCGCCAGUUCUGAUCCGAUAACAGCAUUUCAGGCUACCAUAGGUGGCGGCUCAACACCACCGCUGGGCAGUAUAGGUUCUUCAGUGGACAGAUCCCCGGACCUUGCUCGCACAUCUGGGGGAGGGGCUCCAUUCUUCUUCAAACUCGUCCCUCCGAAAGCCGGCCUGUCUCGAGCUGUUCAAUUCACCAAACCCACCAUUCAUUACUUCCAGGUGGACAAUAUUAUUGAAGGCCGAAAGUGGAUGGGUGAGAUAUUGAAAGCGACGAUUGAGCACGACUUAUCCAGUUUUGAGACCACCAAUCGGCAGAAGACCAUCAGCCUCUCCAAAGCCAGGGAAAGGAAAGAAAGGCCACCGGCAUUGAAAGGAACAGAGGAGGUGUCUGAGGUGUCUGAACUCGCUGAACAGCCCACACCACUCGAAGAAAAGGAAUCGGAUCUUGGAGAAAGCGGAUUGAACAUACAAGGGCUCAAUUUCAGGGAGUCCGAUAUCGAUCUACAGUUACGAACCGGGCCACUGGGUGGAAUCACCCCCAGUGAGGAAGAUAAUGCAGCGAAGACGUGAUGAUGACGAGAAGGGCUGAAUGAUUGGCAGAGAGGACGUGUAUAUACAUAAUGCUAGUCGGGUAUAGAUACUACUUGCGGUCGAUUUGUUGACAGAUACUGUUGAAGCGCGAACCAGAAGGACAUGAUGCCCUGUACCCGACGAGGCUGAUUGGAAUGGGGGUUAGGCAGGCCCUAGGCAUUACAGUACUAGCCUGGAGUUGCCUCUACUGUAUUAGAGUC